GGUAUGAGGCACCACUGAUUUAUUUGGUUUGACUGCACUCCGGCCGCUCUGCCUCAUUAGCCAAUCACUGCGCUUACCGAGGGAAGAAAAGUAGGCUGUGUCCCUCCUCCUGAUCUCUCGCUCCCGGGUCGUUGUAUGUGCCGCUAGCAUCCGAGCACAGGUAAGCACAGAUGGCCCUGCUGUUUUGUGUAUAUUCGCCCGUGUUUCAUUCAAUUAAAACCGUCAUUCCCUGAUAGAUCCGGCGUCUUCACCGCGGUCGAGCCGAUCGUUCGUGGGCGGUGUUUAUUGCUGCAACCAGAGCAUUGAUUGCCGUGUGUGUAUGGAUGGCAGCUUGACGAACCAGCGGUGAGCGUAUUGUUUUUCUCUUUGAAGUAGUGGCUCUAGCAUUCUAUUUAGCUGUAGUUGUAACUGUAUCAAAAUGGAAGGAGAGCUACAAGAGUUGAGGGAUUUGGUGGCACAAUUGAGGGCAGAGAAUGACAGAUUGCAGCUGGAGCAGGCUGUUCCCGUGCCUGGUCCUAGUGCUGCACCUGCUAUUCCUGCUGAACCUCUCCUCACACCGUCCACUUCUACCGCUCAUGUAACCGAGCGACUGGUCCUUGUACCCAGAGAUAGAAAGUGCCCAGCGUUUAGGGGUAGAUCAGGUAUAGGGCUAGAUGAGUGGAUUGAGGAAGCUCAGGCUUGCAUGAGGGCUCGCCACCUGUCCACACUUGAUCAGGCAUUCUUUCUUUUUGACCAUUUAGAGGGAGAGGCGCGUGAAGAAAUAAAAUAUCGCUCGACUGCUGAUAGAAGUGACCCAGCCAAAAUUAUUGUGGUAUUGCGAGAGCUGUAUGGUUGCACUGAUUCGUACGUUGCCUUACAGGAGGCGUUUUUCUCGAGGCGACAACAGGAUGGGGAGACUCUGCAAGAGUUCUCCCUCGCGUUAAUGAGUUUGAUGUCUGUGGUGAAGCAAAGUGCUCCAAGCGAGAUGUUAAAUGCAGAUGUUCUGCUGCGCGAUCAGUUUAUCGAAAACGUCAUUGAUGGUUCCCUUCGUCGAGAAUUAAAACAAUUAGUACGCAGGCAGCCUACUGUCUCUCUGCUGGAUGCUAGGGCGGAGGCAAUUAGGUGGGAGCGAGAGGGAUUACCAGGGGGUGUGCGUGGCCGGAGCCACUCAGUUCCUUUGUUGACGGGCUUGCAGUGUGGCGUCCAGACUGCUUCUUUAGUGGCUAGUCCACCCCAGGCUUCAGAGCUGCAGGAGGUGAAACAAAUGUUGAAGCUCCAACAGGAACAGCUUAAACAUCUUACUGAAACUCUUGCUCAGCUGCAGAUCAGUCAGCAGCGUAACUAUUCUUACCGUGAGCCGGUAAUCUGCCGGCGGUGUCAACAGCCUGGCCACUUUGCCAGGGAGUGCAGAGGAGAGCGUGUCCCUCCUCAACCUUCAGUGUCUGCUUCCAGCCGACCAGUCUCUCGGCGGGAUCCAGCUCAGCAUUCGGGAAACUAGCGCCCGUCGAACUGCGGAGUCAAAGUUCGGGGGGAGUUGCCACUGGCUCACCUGUCUUGUGGGGGGAUCGGAGAGAAGCUAAGCUUAUCAGCACUUGUCCACACCUGGAUGUGGUUAUGGGGGGAGUAACAGUUCCUUGUUUAGUGGACACUGGGUCCAUGGUGUCCACGGUCAGAGAAAGCUUUUUUCGGCAAUACUUUGAGACUUGGGACCAAGAGAAACUUAAAUCUUGCCAUUGGCUUCAGCUUCAAGCCGCCAAUGGAUUGCCCAUCCCAUACCUCGGUUACUUGGAACUCGAAGUCGAGCUCUGUGGUAGGAUUUUGCCAGGGUGUGGGUUAUUGGUGGUCAAGGACCCUCCAGCUGAUGCAUCUCCUCCUGCCCCGGGUGUCUUGGGGAUGAACAUUUUACGAAGGUGCUACAGCACCUUGUUUGGGCAACAUGGCUCUGCCCUGUUUAAGUUAGCCACCGUCACUGAAGCACCAAAGUCAGUGGUGCAGGCAUUGCAGAGGUGCCAUCAAGCUUCUC